GAGAAGAAGAGUCUUCUUCCUCUCUGUCUAAAAACAGAAAGAUGUCAGAGGAUCUGCGCGCGGAGCUGGAGACAUAUCUGCACGCUCUGAAAGUCCAGACCACGUGUGUCGACCACGCGCCGGUGUUUACAGUGGAGGAGAUGAUGCGCCAUCUACAGGACGUCAGAGGAGCUGUCACUAAAAACCUCUUCUUAAAGGACAAGAAGAAGAAAACGCUGUGGCUGGUUUCUACUCGUCAUGACAGACAGGUCAAUCUUAAUGUCCUGGCUAAAAAGCUCGGCGUUGGCAGUGGAAACCUGCGUUUUGCAGACGAGGCGACCAUGUUGGACAAACUGAAGGUGGGUCAGGGCUGUGCCACAGCGCUGGCUCUUCUCUUUGACAAGGAUCAGAGUGUGAAGUUUGUCUUAGAGAAGGAUUUGUUGGACGGAGGACAUGAGAUGGUUUACUUUCACCCGAUGACCAACAGCGCCACCAUGGGGAUCCGUCCAGAUGAUCUACUGCGCUUCCUGAAGGAGACAGGACACGAACCCAUCCUGGAGACGUUUGAGUAGAGAGACAUGAAAAUAAACGAUAAAAAUAAAUACAAAACAAACAUUUUAAA